AAACCAGUGACAAAGUGGCGAGCAGCGGCCCCCGGGAAGCAGAGAUCACAGCCAGCGCGCAGAGACACACACACACACAGAGGAGGAAGAAGAGGAGGAGGAGGAGGAGGAGAACCGAGCACCGCGAACAAGCGCUGGAUCCACAGCCACACACCGGAGAGGAGACACGGAGGAAACACUCUGCAACAGCAAACAGAGGAAACUAAUCCGGACGGAGCAUCCUUCACCCCACCGACAGAGAUGGGUGUCACCUCUCGCCCCCUGCUAUUGGUGUGCGCAUAUUUGGCAACGGCGCUGAUUGGUGGAACCCGCUCGGAGGGGGUGUGUCUCCAAGACGGCAAGCACAAGGCCACGCCUGGCCCGGAGCCACACCUGAGGGAGUGUGGGCUGUAUGCUGACAAUAGCUGCUGCACAGAAGAAGACAUCCAGGAUAUCUCCCAUAUUCCCUCUGCCAUCAAUAAGAAUGAACCCUGGGACAAGUGUGGGCCUCUGAGCUCAGAGUGUGAAGGCUUCCUGAAGCGUGUGUCAUGUUUUUACCGCUGCUCCCCCGAUGCCGCGCGCUGGCCUCACCCCCACCGCCGUUCAUACAUCCAAGCCGUGCCACUCUGCCACAGCUUCUGCCGUGAUUGGUUUGACGCCUGCAGGAUGGACAUGACGUGUGCUCGUAACUGGGCCAGAGACCCCAGAGGACAGAACUGCACUGGAACCUGUGUUCAGUAUCAGCAGAUGUACCAACAUGGCAGGGAUCUCUGUGAGAGCCUGUGGGGCGACGCCUUCAUGACAGUGGAGGAUGAGCCAGAGGACAUGGGAGAGGCCGGAGAGGUUGGAGCGGAGGGUGACGGCAGUCGCCCCUGUGGCUGCCUGACCCUCAGUCCCUCAGACAAGGAUGUGAUUGCCGCCCUUAGGGCCCAGCAGGACGACCCAGAGGAGCUGGAUACCACCAAGACCGGCCUGCCUCAGUACCGGGCCCCGUGCCAGACCAAGCUGCCCCUGCAGGCCAGGAGCGGCAGGAAGGGGAACUCUGUGCUGCGUAAACGCUCCAUCAUAGUCGACGACGUGGAGGGGAGCGGGAGCGGCUUGUAGAGAGGGGUGAUAGGUGGCAACAUAUUUAGAGAUUAUUGUCUAGAUCCUAAUCUGUCUCUUGAAAUGGAGUUGCUUCUUUAACUAACCUUACCACACAGACCUAAACUGUCAUCAUCAUUACUGUCACAUUCUACAUAUAAUCUCUAUGGUUUUUAAUAACACUGUAUCUGGUUUAUAAAACCUCCAGUAAACACCUGGUCAGUUAUUUACUUAGCUAAACAGCCAGGAUUUAGAAAAAAGAAACUUUUAAGAUUUAAAGGUAAAAUCCUUAAUUAUGCAAGGGCUCUGACUUCAAUAAUAAAUAUACUGAUAAUAUCACAUAACGGCUGCACAAAUGUUUUAUUGCCAGCUAAUAGGUCGAGAAUUGUUUUUACAAAAGUCAGGUAUUUCAUUUGCAGAUGCUAU